AUGGGUGUGUCGAUCGAGGCGGUGAAUGACGAGCAGCCGCCGUUGUCGCGCGAGCAGGGGUCGUCGCGCGAGCACCAGGUGAUGGUGCCGCACGCGUCCAUCAAGGACGAGUUGAAGGAGACGUUCGCGCCGGUGAAGCAGCUCAUGGUCAUCGACAACGACCCCUUCAAGGGGUACCGCGGCAAGACGGCGGCGCAGCGCGCGAAGAUGGCGCUGUUCUACGUUUUCCCCAUCCUCGAGUGGGUCUCUAAUUACAAGAUCGCCGACCUCUUCGGCGACGUCGUCGCGGGGCUCACCAUCGCCAGUCUCGCCGUCCCCCAGGAUCUCGGGUACGCGAAGCUCGCCAAGCUGCCGCCCAUCAACGGUCUUUACAGCAGCUUCGUGCCGCCGCUGAUCUACGCAGUGCUGGGCACGUCGCGGCACAUCGCGAUAGGGCCGGUGGCGGUGGUGUCGCUCCUUCUGGGCGACCUGCUCUCCAAGUACUACGACGCGGACGCGCAGCCCGCGCAGUACCUCAACCUCGCCAUCACCGCGACGUUCUUCGCGGGGAUCUACCAGCUCGCGAUGGGCAUCUUCCGCCUGGGCUUCGUCAUCGACUUCAUGAGCCACGCCGUCAUCGUGGGGUUCAUGGCGGGCGCCGCCAUCACGAUCGCGCUGCAGCAGCUGCGCGGGCUGCUGGGGUACACGUCGUUCACGCAGGAGACGGACAUCGUGGCGGUGCUCGAAUACGUCUUCAAGAACACCAACCAGUUCAACUGGCGCGCGUUCCUCAUCGGCAUCACCAUGCUCGCCUUCCUCCUCGUGCUGCGCGUGCUCGCGCAGCACCUCAAGGGCCGGAAGGUGGUGGGAAAGGUGUUUUUCUACCUCAACUGCGUGGGGCCCAUGACGACCGUCAUCGUGUCGACGCUCGCCGUGUGGCUGACGAACGCGCCCGUGCCCAAGGUGGGCAAGAUGCAGAAGGGGCUGGCGGGGCUGGGGUCGCUGGGCAACCUGCAGCUGACGGGGCAGGACGCGGCGGACGGCGCCGUCGUGGGGCUCGUGUCGGGGCUCGUCGCGCUCACGGAAGCGUCGGCGAUCGCGCGGACGUUCGCCGCGUUACAGGGUUACCACGUGGACGGGAACAAGGAGAUGAUCGCGCUGGGCGCGAUGAACGUGGCGGGGUCGUUCACGUCGAGCUACGUCACCACGGGGUCGUUUUCGCGAUCCGCCGUCAACUACAACGCGGGCGGCGCCACCAUGCUCACCAACAUCGUGAUGUCGCUCGUGGUGUUGGUCACGCUGCUGUGGGUGACGCCCGCGUUCCAGUACCUGCCGAACGCGACUCUCGCGGCGAUCAUCAUCAACGCGGUGCUGGGGCUGCUGGACUACGAGGCCAUCUGGAAGAUCUGGAAGGCCGACAAGGUCGACUUCAUCGUGGCGCUCGGCACGUUCCUGGGCAUUCUGUUUGACUCGGUGGAGACGGGGCUGCUGGUGGGCGUGUGCCUGUCGAUGCUCAAGAUCCUCGUGCAGAUCACGCGCCCGCACCUCGCCACGCUGGGGCUGGUGCCGGGCACGGGCGUGUAUCGCAACAUUCAGCAGUACCUGCAGGCGGAGGUGACGGAGGGCGUGUAUGUGCUGCGCGUGGAUGGGCCGCUCUACUUCCCCAACGCCAACUACGUGCGCGAGAAGGUGCUCUCGCUCGCCGACGCGUACAGAGACGACCAUAACGGCGACAGUAUCACGCAUUUCGUGUUGGACUUCACGCCCGUGGCCGACAUAGACACGACGGGCACGCACGCGCUGCAGGAGCUGCAUGGGCUGCUGUCCAAGCAGGGCGUGCAGCUGGGCAUCAGCAACCCCUCGCGCAUGGUGCUGCGCAAACUUGUUGCGUCUGGGUUUCUAGAGGUGCUGGGGGAGGAGUGGCUGUUCCUCUCAGCGCAUGAAGCCGUCAAGUCGUGCAGAACAUUUAGACUAUCUAUUAAGGACGUUUGA